GCAAGGAUAAAAACAAACCUCAACCAAUCGAGUUUUGCGGCAGGAUACCGGAUUUUCGGUGGCAAUUAGUGGCACAGGAAAAUUCAGAACAAUGACCGAGGAUGAUGGGGAACAUCCUGAUCGCAAGGAAGACGAAACCAUCCACGAGUCCGAACUCUUUGCUCACAUCACCAGCAAUCCACAGGUUUUCUACAAAAACCAGCAAAUCAACGAACCGGAAAUUAGUAGCAUAGAAAAAGAAAGUAUACUGCGCGAGGUGAUGAACAAGAGCCACUGCACAUUCCUCUCCCGGUUCGGGCUGUUCAUGGACGAAGACCAUCUGCGCUACUUUGAGCAGGACGAACAGACGAUGGCCUACAGUCCGGACGAGCGGUACGAAAUAGAUCAUCACCUCGAGCGGAUCCGUAGGCUCAAGAACGGUGGCCGGGCCAUCGAUGUGCGUAAUCGGCGAUAUGCUGCACUACAGAAGCUGUGCAGCGAAGGGUCAUACUUUAGCGAACAUGAAAUGAUGCAGCGGGAACCCCUGCUGUACGAUCAGCUGGUAGGCCAGUUCAUGACGGAGAAAGAGAAGCGCGAACGCGAUGCCCAUCGUGUUUCCGACGAGCCCAGCAUUGUCAGCAUCAUCUACAAUCAAAUGGACCAAGAGCAAGCAAAGGAAACUCUACAGAAACUGGAGCAAGAGGAAAACCGGCAGGAGCAAGAUGAUAGUCUGUCGGGAGUGGAUGCUCGGCAGUUCGUCGAUUCGGAGCGUCCCUCUCGGCCCAAUUCUCCCGGGUUCCCUCGUGGCCAAUGGGGUAACUUUGAUGAUGAGGAAGAAUCUCGCUUGGAAACACGACUACAAGAACGUCAGAAACAACGUCGCCGACGGAAACUAGCGAUUCCUCCGCCACAUCUAGUGACCGCUGGUGAACGUAGCUUGCUGCGGGACGAAUUCAUUGGUAUCAUGUACGCUCGGUUUAUUGCUGGCGAGGAUAAGGAGUUUGAUUACACGAAGGUGGACGAUUCGCUCGAGUAUGAUGAUCUCGACAUAAGGGAGCAGGACGAACAAGAGCGAUACUUUGACGAGGAAGAGGAACAGGAAGCUACCAAUGGAGAGUCGCCCGUUCAGCCAAACGAAUGCGAGGAAAGCGAGGAUGAUUUGGAUGUGUACAUGCGGCAUCUGAAUCAUCAUCUGGAGCAACAAUCGAGGUACCAUCACGCGGACAGCGAGCGCAGCUUUCGAGAUCCAAACUGUGAGUACGACAGUGAUGAGUAGUACAAUGAGCAAUAAUACAAAUAAUGAUUCAUAAGAGCUA